CUUUUUUUCCGCCUGACGAUUGACACCGCUACCGAGUUUCUUUUCAAUCACUCGACAAACUCGCUACGCAUGGUCGGUCAGGACGAUGCGAACAACGAAGACGCAAUCUUCGGCAAUGCAUUCAACUUCGCACAAUACGACGCUACGGUUCGUGCCCGUCUCGGGUUCUUGGACCGCUUCCGCAAGAACACAGAGGGUGAAGAGGCGAUCCGCAUCUGCCACACGUACAUUGACAGGUUCGUGGACGACGCAUUGUUGUUCAGGAAGAAGAUGGACGAAGAGAAGCAAGCCGGUAGUCAACAAGAAGAGCGCUACAUUUUCAUCCACGAGCUAGCCAAGCAAACCACAGACAAGAAGAGGAUCCGAGACGAGCUCAUCAACAUCCUGCUUGCAGGCCGCGACACCACAGCCAGUCUGCUUAGCAACAUGUUCUUCGAGCUCGCCAAAAACCCCGCCAUCUACGCCAAGCUGCGAGAGGAAGUAGCUACCCUGGAUGGACGCACACCCACAUACGAGGAACUGAAGAACCUAAAGUACCUCAAGUACUGCAUAAACGAAUCCCUCCGCCUAACCCCCGUCGUCCCCCAAAACUCCCGCCAAGCAAUCGUCGACACAGUCCUCCCCCGCGGCGGCGGCGCAGACGGCCAAUCCCCGCUCUUCGUCGCCAAAGGCACGAUCGUCGGCUACGCGCCCUACGUCAUGCACCGGCGCCAGGACUUCUACGGGCCCGACGCAGACGAGUACAAGCCCGAGCGCUGGGAAACGCUGCGCCCCGGCUGGGAGUAUCUGCCCUUCAACGGCGGGCCGCGCAUCUGCCUUGGCCAGCAGUACGCUUUGACCGAGGCGGGGUACGUCACGGUGAGGCUAGUGCAGGAGUUUCAGGUCAUGGAGAGUAGGGACCCGGGGCCGUGGGAGGAGAGCUUGACGCUUACUUGCUCGUCGCGGAAUGGGACGAAGGUUGGGUUUACGCCUGCUUAGUGGGGGUGGAGGUUGUUUGAGGGGCUGUUUUGGAGUUUGUAUAUCAUGGGGAAGGAAGUGAUGGAGAAUGUAGAUGGAUUGUUGUGAUGAUGGAUAGCUGUCGGUUCACGUUUUGCUUGUUAGUGUAUGAGUUUUGACGUUGAUCUCGAAACAUGCAUCAUACCCGCUUAGUUUCGAGGCUCAUGAAAAUCAGCAUCGCUUCGCUUC